AUGAAGGCUGCCGUUGCUCUGCUGCUGCUGCUCCUGGCUCCGACUCGAACCUUGAGCCAGGCAGAGCCGGACAUCGGUGUCGGGGCGGGUCAGGACGUCCCGCCGGAGGAGCCGCCGGCGCCCCACGUGCUGUGGGACGAGCUGAUGGGGCUGAAGGAGCUGGUACUGAGCCUGCGAGGCGAGGCGGUGCACCAGAGGCUGACGCUGAGGAACCUGGAGAGCCGGCUGAGGGACGGAGAGCAGGAGGCGCGGGAGCAGAGCCGCAGCAUCCAGAGCCUGCAGGAGGAGGCGCAGCAGCACAGAGAGGAGCUGAAGGCCGGACAGGAGCUGCUGGCAGAGCUGAGCUCCACUGUGAGGAGCUGCAGGAGGCAGCUGGAGGAGCAGAGCAAAGUGCGAGCGGCCGAGCUGUCGGCGCUGCAGAGCAGACUGAACGCCAGCGAGAGCCAGGUGGACGAGCUGCGGAGGAAGCACACAGCUCUGGCAGCCGACCUGCCCUUCCUGCAGACGAGGCUGAGAGCGAGUGAGAACACAGUGGAGCAGCUGAGGAGGAAGAGCGCAGUUUUGGCAGCCAGGAUGUGCAGCAGCGAGACUCUGCUGGAGGAGCUGAGGAGCCAGACCCCAGUGUUUCCCUCCAACAGGUCGUCCCAGUCUGACGCCUCGGUGCUGGAGAGACGACUGAGCGUCCAGAUGGACGAGCUGAAGAGAGACAGUGAAGGUCGGGCCGCAGAGCUGUCGGCGCUGCAGAGCCAGGUACAGGAGCUCAGGAGGGACAAUACAGCUCAGACCGCUCAGAGCCGACCGGAGGAGCAGAGCAGCCUCCCUGCUGCGGUCCUAAAGUCCUCCACAUUCCUGGCCCAGAUGUCGGCGCUGCAGCGGCUGAGCGGCCGACUGAACAGCAGCCAGCUGCGGACGGACGAGCUGAGCAGGAGCAUGGCAGCAGUGCAGAGCAGACUGACAGCUGCCGAGAGCCGAGCCGAGGAGCUCAACACACUAAACACAGCACAGUCGGCUGAGCUUUCGGCUCUGGGAGUCCGACUGAGUCUGGCCGAGAUCCGGCUGGACGAGAUGGAGGUGGAAAACACAGCUAAAAUUUCAGCUCUGUCCGCUGAAGUGUCUGAUCUGACCGGCAGCGCAGUGAACGAGGCUGUGGAGGAGAAGCUGUCAGGCCUGCGGAGCCUCCUGGACCAGCUGAAAACAGAAAACACAGCGCAGUCGUCUGAGCUCUCUGCUCUGGGUGUGCGACUGAGUCUGGGCGAGAGCCGGCUGGACGAGCUGGAGACUGAAAACACAGCUCAAUCCGUUCAGCUUUCCUUCAUGGAGUCCAGAAUGACAGCCAGUGAAAACACGACUACAGUGCAAUCCUUAAAGGUUUCCUUCAUGGAGUCCAGAAUGAAAGCCAGUGAAAACAAGACUACAGCGCUGGAGAGUAGACUGAGAUCCAGUGUGAACCUGCUGGAGGAGCUGAAGACAGAAAACACAGCACAAUCCAAUCAACUUUCCUCCAUGGAGUCCAGAAUAUCAGCGAGUGAAAACCAGACUGCAGCAAAAUCCAUUCAGCUUUCCUUAAUGGAGGCCAGAAUGUCAGCUGGUGAAAACAAGGCUUCAGCGCUGCAGAGCAGACUGACCUCCACUGAGAGCAAGAUGGAGGAGCUGGAGACAGGAAGUACAGCACAAUCCAUUCAGCUUUCCUUAAUGGAGGCCAGAAUAUCAGCUGGUGAAAACAAGACAGCACUGCAGAACAGACUGAGCUCCACUGAGAGCAAGGUGGAGAUGCUGGAGGCAGAACGUACAGCACAAUCAGGUCACCUCUCUGUAAUGGAGUACAGACUGUCAGCCAGUGAAAACAAGACUAGAGUGCUGGAGAGCAGACUGAGCUCCACAGGGAAUGCAAUCGAGACGCUGGAGACAGAAAACACAGCUCUUCAGUCAGAGCUGUCAGCUUUGAAAACGAGAUUCGGUGUCACUGAGAACCAGACAGAGGAGCUGAGGAGAGAAAAUACAGGUGUGAGCUCCAGACUGGAGGCGACUGAGAGCUGGAAUGCUGCGUUGGAGGCGAGGCUGAGCGACACCGAGAAGCAACAGCAGGAGCUGAAGAGAGAGAGCGAAGCUCUGAUGAUGAAACUGAACAGCAGCGAGAAACAGCUGGAACAGCUCGGGAGAGACAGCAGAGCUCAAACAAAUGAACUGUCAUCUCUGGGAACCAAGACAGCAGCUCUGGAGACAAGAGUGAGUGUCGGUGAGAGGCAGAUGCUGAAGAUACAGUCAGAAAGCUCAGCUCUGGGCGGCAGACUGAACACGACUGAGGAUCUGCUGCAGCAGCUCAGCAACACAAACUCAGACGACCUGAAGGUGGCGUUCUCUGCCGGUCUGACUGACUCAGGAUCAGUUGGCCCCUUUGACGACGAGGUGACUCUGGUCUUCUCGAAGAUCAUCAGCAACGUCGGCCAGGCCUUCAACCAGAGCUCAGGCGUGUUCACAGCUCCGCUCAGAGGACUUUACUUCUUCAGCUUCACGGCUGCUGACUACCUGAAGGGCUACAUGGGUCUGUACCUGCACAGGAACAGCCAGCCCAUCCUGUUCAGCCUGAACCUCAACGACCACGGCGGCUAUGCCACGGCGGCCGGCGGCCUCGCUCUGGAGCUGCAGCGGGGCGACACGGUCCGGCUGAGUCUGCCCGCCAGCUACCGGCUCUACGACGACUCCAGAAACUUCAGCAUCUUCUCGGGAUUCCUGCUGUUUCCCCUCUGACCGCAGGACCGAGCCGACUGACUGAGCUGCUGUCAAUAAAUUAUA